AUGGAAAACGGCAAUACCCGCGAACUCACGGGCGCACAUGACGCUGAGCGAGGACCAGGCCAGCUCUACAAUGUGGAGGAGGGGGAGGAGGUCAACCCUGAGCGGAGGGGCACGUUUGGCAGGCCCUUACUGAUGGGCUCGACAAGCGACGACGAUGCGCGGGACGAGGACGUCGAGUACGACGCGCCGGCGGGAUAUGGCAACCUCGACGAGCUCGUUGCGGACCCCGUGGGCCACAGUCCGUCGGGAAACCGCGCCGGCAAGCCCAGUCUCGAGCAGAUACGGAGCGGAGAGCGGCGGACGAACGACAUUGAGAUGCAAGAUGGCCACGCAGCGCCAAAUGGGUCGGUUGAGACCUCACCGACGCUGUCGGAGGACAAGCCCGUCAAGAAGCACGUUUCCAAGCUCGCCACGGAGAUCUACACCGUCUCGUACCUCGUCUUCUUCGCCAUUCUCGGCACGCUCGCACGGCUUGGGCUGCAGGCGCUGACGACGUAUCCCGAUGCGCCGGUGUCCUUUGGCGUCCUCUGGGCCAACGUCGGCGGAAGCCUCGUCAUGGGAUUCUUGGCCGAGGACCGCAAGCUGUUCCGCCACGAGUGGGGCACGCCCACCUACGACGAGCAGAUCCGCAAAGCGCGCCGGGAGAGGGAUGCUGGGGGGAACGCCGUGUCGGUGGAUCUCGCCGCUGCGAAGAAGGCGCAUCUGGCGACGAAAAAGACGAUUCCGCUGUACAUCGGCCUCGCGACGGGGUUCUGCGGGUCGUUCACUUCCUUUUCGUCCUUCAUCCGGGACGUGUUCCUCGCCAUGAGCAACGAUCUGCCCGGCGCCGGUGGCGUGAGCCCCGUGCCGAGGAACGGCGGGUACUCCUUCAUGGCCAUGAUGGCUGUGAUCAUCAGCACCGUCGGGCUAUCACUAUGCGGGCUGUUCGUGGGCGCCCAUCUCGGCGCCGCGCUGGAGCCGAUCACCCCUUCGAUUCCAUACUCGCUCGGCCGCAAGGUCUUUGACCGCGUCGCCGUGGUCCUGGGCUGGGGAUGCUGGAUCGGCGCCGUGCUGAUGUCCAUCUGGCCCCCUCACGACGCCUGGCGCGGGCAGGCGCUGUUCUCUCUCGUCUUUGCGCCGUUGGGGUGCUUGGGGCGGUUCUAUGUCAGCAUGCUGCUCAACUCGCGCAUCCCCGCGUUCCCGCUCGGGACGUUCGCGGUCAACAUCAGCGGCGUCGCCGUGCUUGGCAUGUGCUGGGAUCUCGGGCAUGCAGAGCUCGGGGGCCUGGUGGGAUGUCAGGUGUUGCAGGGCAUCGAGGACGGGUUCUGCGGGUGUCUGACCACCGUGUCGACGUGGGUCGCUGAGCUCUCGGCGUUGAGGAGACGGCAUGCGUACAUCUACGGCAUGACGAGCGUCGUUGCGGGCUUUGCGAUCAUGGUGAUUAUCAUGGGGGGCAUGAGGUGGUCGGAUGGGUUUGGGCCGUUGAUAUGUACCCACUGA